CCAUUGGAGUGGUGCAGGGACAACUGUGGGGAUGCUGGCAUUGGCCCCAGGGGUGGCACUUGGCCACUCCAGGACUCUUGUUUUGGAAUGGCCAGGCUGACAGUGACUCCUGGGCUCCUGGCAGAGCUGAAGGGUGCUUAUGAGCCCCACAUGCUGCCGUCAGUGGCUCUGUUGGUCUUGUAAUGGUUGCACAGCUCCUGGGAAGAACAAGCACAAGCCAGAGGCCUGGAGCUCUUGAGGGUGAUGCAGAGCCACAUGCAGGUCCCUUGUGCUCUCCAGGGCAAAAUGAGGGGCCCCAGCCCUGUGUGUCCAGCCUGUAGCACUGAUCUUGGCAAGGAUAAAACCUGGUAUUGGUUUUGCUGGGAUGUCCUGACCUGUGUCUGCCCUGCCAUGUGUCACCCCUGGCCCGACCCUUAUGCUUCUCUGUCCCCACACCACUGAUGGUCCCUGCAGGGGUAGCAUAGGAAGCUGCAAUGGCGUGCUGGGACAGGCUGUGCCUCAGCCCUGGUGUGCAGAGGGCACUGCUGAGCGGCUGCGCCCAGCUGGGACGUUGCUAACAAGGAAGCAGGGAAGGAAAAAAACAAACCCUGGCUCAGCAAAGGAGGUACAAACCACCCAAGUCAAAUCACAUCUCCCAGCGUGGUGGCACAGAUAACACGGACCUGUCCCCCAUCUGGAGGAAGCCGGGCAGCUGAGCAGACCGUGGUAACGCCUCCUGUGAGCACUCAGAGCCAAACGUGGGGUUGCUGAGCUGAGGGUGUUGUGUUUAACAGAGCGUGGUGGGCAAGGUUCACUUACCACCACAGCCCUGAAGGCAUCUGCCCCUCCACUGUGGACACCUCUGUGCCAUAAUAGGUCCCAGCAGCCCGUCAUGUCUGUGGGUAGCGAAACAGCUCCAGCACACCCAUCCCUUUCCGUGGCCCCCGGCGCGGCAGCGUAGUGUGGGGACAGAUGGAUGGGCUGUGGUAGGAUGAGCCCUGCCCUGCGCCUGCUGCUGUUCCUGGCCAGCUGCUCCCUGCUCCAGGGGAUGCUACUGCGUCCACGGGAUGUGAAGCUGGAGGCACGGAACUUCCACGUCUGGCUGCACUGGAAGCCAGACCCCAGCUCACCCAGCUGUGCCACUUACGAGGUGGAGUGGAGGAACAGAACCUCAAACUGGACAAAGGCAGAUGCCUGCGGGGGGAACAGCAGAAGCUCCUGGGUGUGUGAGCUGUAUUUUGACAGGAUUCACGAUAUCUACUGGGCACGGGUGAGAGCGGUGGCCAGAGGUGAGCAGUCCGAGUGGGCCAGUUCCAGCGAGCUGCAGCUAUACAGAGACACAAUUGUUGGCCCCCCCAAGUUGUCCUGGCUGCUACAGGAUCAAAUCCUCAGCGUAAACAUCACCACACCACUCACUCCCUACCGAAGAAGAGCUGGUUCCUACAAGCCAGUCGACCGAGUGCUGCUGAAGCUGUGGUACUGGCUACACCUGUACGAGGGGAACCUGCUUGUCCAGCAGGUACCCUGCAAACGGAGCAGUGAGGAAGUGCCUUGCACCUUUGGGCAUCUGAAGCCCAGCACACAGUACUGUGUCCGGACGGUGGCUGCAGACAUGGCAAGGGAGCGGAGCCGGGAGGCUGAGCAGUGCCUGGUGACUCCAGCAGGCCCUGCAGCAGGCUUUCCCUGGGUCCUUGCCAUGCCGAGUGCCUUCUUCCUGCUGCUGCUACUGAGUGUGGCUGGGCUCUACUUCAUCCAGCUGCAUGUCUUGCCCAGGCCGCCGGAGACGCGCCUCCCAAAAGCACUGGCUCUCCAGAACAGCGAGCUGAGUGUGGCCAUACAGGUGCCUCCCCUCGAGCUUGAGGAGAACCCACUGGCCCUGUUCCUGCAGACUGAGCUCCCCUCCCACAGGCCAUCCACAGCUGGGCAGGCAUCAACCACAGUCCCACAGCUCCUCCGCGGCCUUGCCCAGGAUGUGAGUGGCUACUGUGGCAAUGGGUUUGGCCCAGACUGCCCUGAGGGAAGGGACCCAUCCUGCACCCACAGCCAGCUGGGGCACGCCUGGGAUUCCCAGGUCCCAUCACGGCUGGAGAAGGAUGGGGAGACAGGUGAUAGGGAUCAUGUGCCAGAACAGCCGGUGCCAGUGGGACUGACUGGAAACAGCUACAUAGGUGACAGGGACAGCCAGACACCUCAGAUACUGCUCCCCCUGCACCUCCAGCUUUACUUUAAAGGCCAGUGCCCAGCCCUGGGAGCAGGCAGCCACCUUCCUCUGCCCGUGCCGAGCAGGAGCUGCAGCCAGGAGUACCUGCAGGAGAGUCUCGGCACGGCUGGACACUGGGUCCGGCUCAGCUCCGUGAAGAUCCCGGCCAGUGCGGAGGAGGAGGGAGGGCAGCUCCUCUCUGCUCCCCAGCGCCUGCUGGGCGGCGAGACUGAGCCGGAGCCAGGUGACAGCGCCGUGCAGCGAGGCUACUCGGAGCAGGCAGAACUGGGUGUCUCCAGCCCCUGCCAGCUGCUCCCCUCGCCCCUCAGCGUCCUGCGGGCGCCUGCCUUCUCUGGCUACGAGCCACGUGCCCCAUCUGGCAGUGAGAAGUGGGGGCACCCUGGAGCUCCCGGGCUAUGACGCCUGCCUGUCCCAACCUGCUGGUGCCGGGCUGGGGAUGGGACUGGGGCAGGCAGAGGCAUAUUCCGGGCACGACCGCCAAGGAUGGGCGCGAUCCAGAGCUUUCCUCUGGGGUUUGGUGCUCUUGAGACAAAGCAUAAGGAGCAUGGACCAAAGCUGAACACCCAAAACUCUUAUCUAUUUAUCUGUCUGUAUGUGUGCAUGUAUGGUACAGUACCUAUACUAAUGCAAAUGUAUGUAACACUCAUAUAUACAUAUAUAUUUAUAAAGCUCUUUAAUGAAA